CACAGAACACGGAUGGAUUGCUGAAUUUAGUUCAAAGAUAAGGAUACGGGCGGCGUCAAGAUGUGUAAAAGUGACUGUAUAAAAGUUGAAAAACAACUCUCAGCACAGAGGAAUAUGGAAAAUAAAGGAUUAAAAUCAAUAUUCCGGACUAAAAUUCCGUUGAUAUAUUUUAAAGCUUUUAUAUUCAUUUUAAUUUUUGGGAAUGAGUACAAUUUAGUUUUUGGAAAAAAUUGGGAACCCAAGCAAUAUACCGUUAUAAUACUUCCUACAGAGGAACCCAGCUCGUUGUUAAACUCAGAAUCCGACAUCGACAACACAGCAAGGUUAAUUCUAAAGCGUUCAACGCCAUCUACAAUUUCAAUAAAAUGGUUUUAUAAGUCAAUAAAAGAAGCCAUAAGAGGUUAUGAAGUCACAACAACUCCGGUCGUUUACCGAAAAAACUCAGUUCGACUUGCGAGAAAUGCCAUGAAAAAACAAAAAAAAAUUUUUACUUCGAAAAACGAAGCAAUUGUACGAAAACUUCGUCCAGGGAAGCCAUACAAUAUCACUGUAAAACCAGUCAUGAAAAAUCCGACUAUACACGUCAACGAAUCCGAUUUCUUAACAAAUAUAUUCAGAACAGAAAUCGACCCACCAUCAUCAAUGAACAUUCUUCAGUACCCACGUAACCGCAGCGUCGUCGUCACCUGGAAGAAACCGCGAUCGGAUGUUGAAUCGUUUCAUCUUACGCUGACAGCAAAGGAUAGCGUGAACAAAAGCGAAAGAACUUGGUAUGCAGCGUCGAGUAUAUCAGAGCAACGUAUGGAAGAGUUCUCAAAGGAAGGCGGUAAAUACACUGUGACUUUAGAAGCGAGAAAGGGGAAGUACAGCAGCAAAACAUUGUCAAGAACGUUUCACAUGGAAUCCACUUUAGAACCUACAACUGCACCUUUUACGCCAUAUGUACCAGAACUUUACUCAAAAGAGCUCGACGUUUUGUACCUGCUGGACGGGUCCUACUCAGUCGGAGAUGGAGAUUUUGAAAAAAUUAAAUGUCUUUUUAAAAAUUUAACGGAGCAUUUGGACAUUGGAUAUCACAAGGUUCGAAUUGGAACAGUGCAAUACGCUUAUCGAACAAGAACCGAAUUUGAUCUAAGAACGCAUCAAAGGCAAGCUGACGUCAUGAAGGCUUUAGACAUUGCUCCAUACAGAGGAGGAAAGACGCAUACAGGGCGUGCAAUAAGCCACGCCAGGAGGCAGUUAUUUAGUAUGGCUUUCGGUGGCAGAUUAAAUGUGGCGAAAGUACUAAUAGUUGUCAUUGACGAUCCCUCACAAGAUUCUGUCAAAGGGCCAGCGCAGAAAUUCCUGCAACAAGAAAAUACUUUUGCCGUGGCAGUUGGAAUUAAUGAUGCGCCACAGUCCGAAUUGCGUGAAAUUGCUGGAGAAGCAUCAGGAGCAUUCUACGUUUCAGAUCCAGAACAAAUUUGUGAGGUUUGGCCAAAGAUACAUAAACGGAUAAAUGACAAAAUGGAAGAAUUGUACGCAGUGAGUCCUGAUGCACCAUCUGGCCUAAACAUUGGCGUCCUUUCCAGGUCACGGGUUACACUCAAAUGGAAGCGGCCCAAGGGAUUAGUGACGUCAUACAUGGUACAAUAUGGGAAUGUUGGAACUCCGGUCAAAGACAUGAGGUCAAUACAAGUUCAAGUUGGUUUGGAAGAAGCAACUUUGAAUGACCUUGAAACACGUGAUUAUGCAAUACGUGUCACCUCUCAAGGAAGUAAGGAAAAAUCACUUCCGGCAGAAGUACAUUACGACACCGCAUGUGCUGGAGCGCGGAUGGAGCUACUCGUUUUGGGCGACGAUUCGUGGAGUGUGAAGGCUGAUAACUUCGCUCAUUUCAAGGACUUUCUCCUGUCCAUGUCGGAAGCGUUUUUGAUCGGACCUUCAGCUGGGCGUAUGGGAGUUUUUCUUUACUCGUCUCGUAUACCAAGAUUUGUGGUUCCUCUCACCACAUACAACGAUCGCAGCACACUGCAAGAUAGAAUACGAACAAUCACAUAUGGUGGUGGAAAGAGCUCCAAAACGGGACUUGCUUUGGAAUACGCUAGGCAACUUGGAUUUCAGUAUGCAAGAGAAAAUGCUAUAAAAGUUGUGCUACUGGUGACCGAUGGAAAAUCAAGUGACGACGUUGAACAAGCUGCUAUUGCUUUACGAGAUUCUGGUUCCAUCGUAUAUGCUGUAGGGGUAUCGACGCAUUCGGACGCAGACGAAUUACAAAAGAUAGCAUCAGAACCCGCGUCAAGUCACGUCUUUGAUGUGCAUACCUACGACUAUUUGGCGAACAUUCAGCCUGACAUUGUACGUGGAAUUUGUAGAGAUGUUUUGAUAGAACUUGGUAAAGUUAAACCACGUUUGGAUUCUCCGGUCAACGUUCGGACUCUUAGUGUCAGGGACACUCGCUUCAGUGUUGGAUGGGAUAGGAGCAAAGGCGAAGAAUCCGUAACCGGAUAUGAGGUCAGAUGUCGCGGAGAUGGCAGACUAUGGAAGAUCUCUUUAACACGGGACACGAGAGAAGCAGAGGUCAUCAAUGUCAAACCUGGUACCAAGUAUGAGGUCGAAGUUUAUGCAACCGGAUAUAGAAAAGACAGCAAACCAGUAACGCUGGAUGUGGUGACAACAUUACCAGGGCCAUGGAAUGUUAUGGCGUCAAACGUUUCACCUGUUGGUGCAGAUAUAACGUGGAGUUUGACAUCAGACCAUGUAGCUGCGUUUCAGCUGACAAUAAUAACGGUUAUUGGUGAAAGAACAGCUCUCAAUGUCACUUUACAAAACAAUACUGCAUAUUACAACGUUACGGGACUGACACCAGGAACUACAUAUCUCGCCGAAAUUCGUGCUAUGUAUCAUCCGACCAAAGAGAGCAAUCCAUCAACGGUACAAUUUACAACAAGGCUCGCACCACCCGACCGAAUCUAUGUCAAAAAUGUCACCAGUACCUCGGCAACACUGCUCUGGGAAAGUGUCCAAUAUGUCCCUGGUCACGGAGGCGAGAGUACAUUACGAUAUGUGGCAGAAAUCAUCGACACAGUUGGAGGGUUACGUGGCACAAGAGUGGUCGUCAACGAACGUGCUAUUCAUUUCAGCGACUUGGUACCCGGAACGCAUUAUACGAUACGGUUAUACGUCACAUCAGGUAAUAUGAAAAGUGAACCAAUCGUUACCAACAUGACUACUCCAGCAAUCUCUCUUCAACUUGAUCUUGCAAUUCUGAUUGGUGUUUCGCCUGAACUCAGCAACGGUGAACUGUUCAUGCUUCGUCAUUUUAUGGUGACUUUGGUGAAGGCUCUUCAACUUGGACGGGAUAAAACCAGACUUGGAAUGAUACAACUAGCUGACCCACCCAGAGUUUUAUUCGAAAUGACUGGAAGUCGAAGUCAAAAUAUAUUUACCCAAAUAUAUACAAUAGAUAGAAGAAUCAGUAAAAGUGUUUUGACAGAAGAGUGGAUUGUAGAGACUCUCUCCACAGUAUUCAAGGAUGUGCGACCCUAUACUGCUAAGAGUGUGAUCUACUUUAAUACCGAAAAAAAGAUGGACCACGCUCUUGAAUCAUUAACGGGCUUGAAGAGAUAUGGAAUUGAACCAAUUGCCAUUCAGAUGGGAUCAGAUCAUUAUUUUAUGGAGUCAGGCUCAGAUAGGCGGUAUCUAUUGGAAGGAUUUGGGACGCUGUAUCAUAUUCUUCCACACGUUAUUCAAGAUUUGAAACAAAUCGCAGCAGAGUUCAUAGGCAACACUGCAACUUUCAUGCCGAUUACUCAACCAACAAACUUCAGAGCAGUGGAUAUUGGCGAAAGCACGGCAAGUCUUAAAUGGGAUAAUCCCGAUCAAGAGCCGGGACGAUUUUACAGAGUGAGAGUAUCGGCCAAUGGAAAACCUGUGAAAAUGACGACUCUGAGAUCAAAUGCAAAUGGAGUCGACCUUGUUCGUCUGAAUCCGGGAUUCACUUAUCGAGUAACGUUAUCCAGUGAACAUUCCGAUGAAGACGACGAUGAUGUGAUUGUAUUUGAAUUUCAAACGAAAGAUGUUGAAAUAAAAGGUGAUUAUGUACCAGAAGCAAUUGCUCCAACAAUCCUACCGGUACCAAGAUCAUCGGCCGUUACAACGACUCCCACACCCAGAGAAUCUUCAGUUGCACUGACAACCACUUCACCAUUUCCCAUCUCAACUAGUACAACCACGAUUUCCUCCACCACUAGUACCACCACUAUUGGCACAACAACUACAAACGCAACGACCAUCAGUACCACCAUGUCUAGUACCAAUAGUGAAAUUUCGUUGGAUGACUAUAUGUACCCCGAUGUUACUGUUGAACCAGAAUCAGACAAAGAAAUGUACUUUUACGGUGGCGAAUAUGACGAUGAGGAAUAUGAUUACGAAGAAUCGGAAUCUAGUACUUCUACCAUUACUUCAACAACAACAGCAAAACCAACCACGACGAUCAAACCCAUCGACACUAAAGAUUAUAUUAAUGGAGAUCACAAAGAUGAGCUUGAGGAAUUGGGUGAGGGGAUUGACAUCGACGACGCAAGCAACGAAGCACACGGAGUAGAGUCAAACUUACCAGCGCCAGUGAUAGGUAACAAUGUGACUAACAGAGAAACCCAAGAUAACUUUCAAACCGAGUUGCCAAAACAACCAGAGAAAACAGAAGUGACCCCGGAAUUUGACGUUCCGGAUUACGUAAUAGAAGAAAAGGGGGUUGACGUGGGCGACUUUCCAAUUGUAAUCCCGCCCACCACCGACGUAACAACAAUGGCCACUGAACCAGUCUCUUCAACGACAAAUGAAGUAACGACCAAGUUUUCGUAUGGAAGAAAUUAUGACGAAAAAAUCUGGGCGUUUUUAAACCAGUGGAGUACCAAACGCCAAUCACAACAAAGUAAAAGAACGACUAGAUCACUUCACGAUGACUUUAACGGUUUUGCUAGCGGGCGACAAAAGAGACCAGACUACUCAAUUUCAGCAGGAAGAGGUUCACAAAUAACAAGUGAUCCGAUUGAUUAUGAAGGUACAGAUUUUGCGACAUUAGGAGAAGCGGAAUUAGAUGAAUUUGUCCGAAUAAACUUCGGUGGAGGUGGAAGCGAAGAAAGUUACGGUGAAGAGGUUGAGAGCAUUUUCCUGUACAAUGUUACUGACACAACUGUGGACAUAGGUUGGAGUCAAGUAUCCGAUGAAUCAUCUUUCCUUGGAUACAAGAUAUUUUUUGCUCCUUUUUCGGUUGGUGGGAAACGAUCAUCUCUUGGAAGACCGAAAAAAGUCGAGGUCGGCCGCGAUUCCGAUCGUAUAAGAUUAGUUGAACUUGAACCAAACACGGUCUACCAAAUUGAAAUUUAUUCUGCAUACGACGGAAAACCUUUGAUAGGUCCCAAGAAAUGCUUCACUCGAACGAAAGAUGGCGAAGAAGAUCCCAGCGAGAUCCUUGCUUCCAUUUAUCGCCCACCUGUCAUCAUUCGCGCGAAAGCAAUUUCGGAAAACCAGGUCACCAUUACGUGGACGUACAGUUCAGUGGAAUCCGGGUUACGUUACUACAAGAUUUUAUACAAACCAACUGAUAUAGAGGAUGUUUCGUAUUUUGAGACAGAAGUAUCGGCAAACGACGAUUCUCUUGUAAUAGAAGGACUGACGAAAGAAACAGAAUAUUCCGUCGUGAUUAUAGCCAAGCACAAAAACGGAUACAGCGCACCUGCUAGAGUCACUGUCUCUACGUUUUCUUCAACGUCGCAUACUACGGGCUUUCCUCGAUACAACUCAAAAGUUUGGACAAGAAGUAGUUCCAGUUCAUCACACAAAUUGAAUUAUGGAGGUAGCAUCACUGCCGAGCCCGGAUAUUCCGCAACUACAGACGGUUUAGAAACACAAUCAAGUGUUACUUCCACUGGAUCUCGGAAUCUAAGAGCAGAUGUCAUAUCUGGUAACUCUCUAAAAGUAUCAUGGAACCGACUUGGCGUGAGUGCCGGACUUUCAGGAGACCCGACGGCCGGUCCUUUAAAAGUUGAAUACAUUGUUGCAUAUACUCCACUCUGGCCUUUGAACGGGCAUGAGGGUGAAGUUCGUGCUGAGGAUGACAAAUCAUACGUCAUAAUUCCUGAUUUACCACGUGACUCAAGAUAUAGAAUUGAUCUAUACGAAGAGAGUGGAUAUAAACUUGGAGUUGUUGACACGUUGGAGAUCGAUUUGCCUUCAUUCGCAUCGGAACACGCAAUUGGCUUAAAAGAAUCAGUAACACUGUCAUCAAAUGGCUCAAAUGUGAAUAUUGACCUUCGUACAACAAAGAAAUUGAGCACACCGAUCAACUUCCAUCUUGUACGUGCCAACCCUACAUCAUUACAUUUGGCUUGGAGUCCAGGAGAAACUGGAACCACUUACGAAUUGCAAUAUUACGACGAAAGUAAUCGCCUCCGCGUGCGGAACGUGUCAACUGUUGCAAACUCAAUCGUGAUUCCUCGUUUGCAGCCGGGUCGAACAUAUCGUGCAACUCUAAUAGCGAAAAAAGAUGAUAAACGCAGCGAUCCAGUGUUUCCCCAAGAAGCAUUGUAUACGCCCAUUCCUCAACCUGAAAAUCUUACAAUCACUUUUACUGACGAUGGAGUCAUGAGGUUGAAAUGGAGAGCACCUAAUGAUUUUAAAAUUAAAAAGUACAGAGUGUAUCACAGCAACUCAAAAUCAAAGGCUCAAACUUACUUCGAUGUCGCAGAGACCACGGCAGAAAUUACAGGAUUUACACCUCGUCAAUAUUAUCAUGUUUCGGCCAAAUCAUUAAUUAAAAAUAUUGAAAGUGAACCAGUUGUAAAAAUUGGAUAUGCAAAUUUCGGAACAAGCGAUGGAGGAGACAUACGCGUCGAAACCGAAGAUGGUACAUCAAUACCGCCUCUUACAGAUGUGGAUACCAACGGUGAAGACAAAAAAGGGUCUAAAUUAAAUAUUGGACAAUUAACGGAUCAUUUCGUGCUAUUAACUUGGAAUAAAUAUGAGGCUGCAGGAGAUAAAAACGUCAGAUACAAGAUUAUCCUUGCAUUGGUACUCUCGGAUGGUUCCAUUGGUCGUGGAAGAACGUUAACAGUUAGCGCCUGGCAAUAUCAAUUGAACAUAACCUGGUUAGAACCAUCUACUACUUACCAAGCAACAUUGAUAGCACAGGUUGAAGACGGAGACGAGAUCACCCUAGAUAAAACAAACUUUGUGUCGAAACUACCGUCUCCGGUACUAAAACCGGUCACAACUACUGGGCCUUACACCGCAACUAUACAGUGGAGGAAGCCAAGGUUUUCAUAUACUUAUAUCAUCAAUAUAAUUGAAGAUGAAAUCGACUCAGAUAAUGAUGCCGUAGUACAGAAGAAAGUCAACAAAGCGAAUAAAGAAUUAAAAGCCCUGCUUUACGAUCUGAAGCCCGGUACACGAUAUCGAGCCGAAGUUACCACAGAAUAUGCCGAUGAUGUUAGCAAACCUUCUGUUGUCAGAUUUAUCACAAAUCCACUUCCUCCUGCUGGAUUUCGAGUUAGACGAAUCGCUGGAGAUGAAUAUGAAUUAACUUGGGAACAUCAGUACGGCGGAAGAAGUGGAUAUCAAGCAAAGUUUUCCAACCUUGGCGAUUCAACUAAAAAUCGGAAUUUCGAUUUCGGCGAAGAUGAUAAUAGAUUGCAAGUUACUGUUCCGGAGGAAACUUCUGGAUUCUUUGCUUUCACCACGUUGCGAGAAUCGAAAAAGAGCAAAAUUAAAAAGUUCCGUUACAGAAGAAGACUUGGAUCGAACAUAGUUGAGAUCGGGAUAAAGAAAGACGAUAUCAACAUCGACCCAACCACAUCGGACAUCAAUCUGCCAGUCACAACAGACGAAGUAACGGAACCAGAUGUAGUAACGUUGCCAGCUUUUCGUGACGAUUCUGAUACCACACCUGAGGAUGAAACCGCUAAUUUCAGAUAUACUGAUGUGACCCAUCGAUCAGUGAGACUUUUUUGGCAACCGCAUGACAUUCCAUCAAACCAACGUAUCAGAUAUACUAUUCAUGUGCUUGACCUAACAAACGGAGGAAGUAGGAUACGAUAUCCAGGCCGUGGAGAAAAUGAGAUAUAUUUUAACUGGUUAUCACCAGCCACAAAAUACCAAGCUACAUUGAGAGCACAAAUACAUCCCACGGGAGAGAAGAUAGAACUUGGAAAAGUCACGUUCAAGUCGAAACUUCUCGCACCGGAUUUAAAGCCUAUAACUUAUACUGGAACACAUGAUGCCAGAAUCGAAUGGGUAAAACAGAAAUCGACAUUCAAUCACCGCAUAGUUGUGUAUGAGGAUGAAACUGAAUCGGACCCAAAUGCGGCAAUUAAAGAAAUGGAAGUUCCUGACGCUGGAAGCACAAAACAAGCGAUUGUUUCUGAUUUGACACCUGGCACCAAAUACCGCGCCGAAGUAACUGCUGACAGUGAUGGAGAUCGGAGUGAAACUUCCACAAUCAGAUUUAUUACAAGACCGAUGCCGCCUCAUGGUUUUUCGAUAAGUAAUACCGAAAAUGACGUCUUCAGGGUGAGGUGGAAUCAUUCAACAACUGGUCGCAGAAGUGGUUAUAAAGCAAGAUUCUACAUAGUCGGAGACAGAUCCUCUGACAGAGAAUACAACUUAGCAAAAGCAACAAAUACUCUGAAUAUCAUAAUACCGACGGGGUCUAAAGCUGUUGUGGAUAUGGUUACAAUACGAGAUAACAAGCAAAGUAAGAAAAAGAAGGUUUCGUUUAGAAGAAGGGCAGGUUCUCCAGAGGUUGAUCUAGAAGAAAUUGAAGAAGAAGACGAGCCAGGAGAUGAGAAAGAGAAAGACCGUGACCUCGAUAAAAGCCUUGAUCACGAAAGAAAUCGAGAAUCUGGGGAAGGGGAAGCAGACCCUGCACAUUCUAGUCGUGAACAAAAUCGUUUAACUACCCCAAGACCAAAUUCGACCACUGUAAUGACUACGUUGCCACAGAAAAAACUUCGCGUUAGACUGCUCUCUCCUACUGCAGCUCAGUUGUUCUGGGACUCUACUGACUUUCCUUCGGAUCAAGAAAUUAGAUAUCUAGUCCAAAUUGCAGUAAUUCAAUUUGACGGAAGUACCGGAGGUGCAAAAACAAGAUAUCCAAAAGCAGGAAACAAUAGCAUAUAUUUACCGUUCCUACUUCCAGCAACUAGAUAUCACGCAACUCUCAGUGCUAUAUUGAGUCCUUCGGGAGUAGAACGGAUUGUGGACGAUAUUCAGUUCAAGACCAAGCUUCCAACUCCAAUUUUGAAAUCAGUUACAUACACUGGGACCCAAAGCGCAAGACUCGGAUGGCAAAAACAAAAACUUUCUUAUAUUCAUCGAAUUAUCGUGUUUGAAGAAGAUCCAGAGUCAAUUAGAAUCGCGGAGUUAACUUCAAGGCCAGAUCCUGGGAGGCCCGGAAAUGUUUUAAUAAAAGAUUUAACACCUGGAACUAAAUACCGAGUUGAGGUGACAGCCGAGGAAAAUGAAGAUACGAGUGAAACAUCAGUUACAAGGUUCAUUACAAGGCCAAUGCCCCCACGAAACAUCCAAAUCAAUCAAAUAGAAGGGGACAAUUACCGAGUGCAAUGGACUCAUCCAUACGGACGUAGAAGCGGAUAUAAAGCUGAAUUCGUCAUACCUAAAGAUAGAAAGUCCGCUCUGACAAGGGUUCUGGAAAGAACAGCAAACACAUUUGAAGUAGAAAUUCCUGAGAGAGUGAAAGCUGUAGCGAGGUUUACAACAUUGAGAGAUGACAAAAAAAGCAAACGAGUAAGAGUUGCCAUAAAAAGAAAGCCCGGUUCUAAAACUGUUGAUAUCACUGAGGAAAUCGAAGAAGAAGAAGAAGAAGAAGAAGAAGAAGAAGAAGAAGAAGAAGAAAGAACAGAUGAUAACGGAACUGGCGAUCGACAAAGAGGUAACAAAACGCUGACAGAUGACAAAUCUACCUCGAAUCGACAGCCAGAAGAAAGAACUCCAACCGAUGAACAACCAGGUGACAGAACUCCAACCGAUGGACAACCAGGUGACCGAACCCCAACCGAUGGACAACCAGGUGACAAAACUCCAACCGAUGGACAACCAGGUGAAAAAUCUCCCGCGGAUCGGCAGCCAGAAGACAGAACUCCAACCGAUGGACAACCAGGUGACAGAACUCCAACCGAUGGCCAACCAGGUGACCGAACCCCAACCGAUGGACAACCAGGUGAAAAAACUCCAACCGAUGGACAACCAGGUGAAAAAUCUCCCGCGGAUCGGCAGCAAGGUGACAGAACCCCAACCGAUGGACAACUAGGUGACAGAACUCCAACCGAUGGACAACCAGGUGACAGAACUUCAACCGGUGAACAACAAGGUGACAGAACUCCAACCGAUGGACAACCAGGUGACAGAACUCCAACCGAUGGACAACCAGGUGACCGAACCCCAACCGAUGGACAACCAGGUGACAAAACUCCAACCGAUGGACAACCAGGUGAAAAAUCUCCCGCGGAUCGUCAGCAAGGUGACAGAACCCCAACCGAUGGACAACUAGGUGACAGAUCUCCAACCGAUGGACAACCAGUUGACAGAACUUCAACCGGUGAACAACAAGGUGACAGAACUCCAACCGAUGGACAACCAGGUGACAGAACUCCAACCGAUGGACAACCAGGUGACAGAACUCCAACCGAUGAACAACCAGAUGAAAAAUCUCCCGCGGAUCGGCAGCCAGGUGACAGACCUCCAACCGAUGGGCAACCAGGUGACAGAACUCCAACCGAUGGACAACCAGGUGACAGAACUCCAACGGACGGACAACCAGGUGAAAAAUCUCCCGCGGAUCGGCAGCCAGGUGACAGAACUACAACCGAUGGACAACCAGGUGAAAAAUCUCCCGCAGAUCGGCAGCGAGGUGACAGAAAUCGAGAAUCUGAAAAUGAAGUGGACCCUACACAUUCUAGUCGUGAACAAAACCGUGUAACUACCACAAGACCAACUUCGACCACUAUAAUGACUAAGUUGCCACAGAAAAAACUUCGCGUUAGACUGCUCUCUCCUACAGCAGCUGAGUUAUUCUGGGACUCUACUGACUUCCCUUCGGAUCAAGAAAUUAGAUAUCUAGUCCAAAUUGCAGUAAUUCAAUUUGACGGAAGUACUGGAGGUGCGAGAACAAGAUACCCAAAAGCAGGAAACAAUAGCAUAUAUUUACCGUUCCUACUUCCAGCAACUAGAUAUCACGCAACUCUGAGUGUUAGAUUAAGUCCUUCGGGAGUAGAACGGAUUUUGGACGAUAUUCAGUUCAAGACCAAGCUUCCAACUCCAAUUUUGAAAUCAGUUACAUACACUGGGACCAAAAGCGCAAGACUCGGAUGGCAAAAACAAAAACUUUCUUAUAUUCAUCGAAUUAUCGUGUUUGAAGAAGAUCCAGAGUCAAUUAGAAUCGCGGAGUUAACUUCAAGGCCAGAUCCUGGGAGGCCCGGAAAUGUUUUAAUAAAAGAUUUAACACCUGGAACUAAAUACCGAGUUGAGGUGACAGCCGAGGAAAAUGAAGAUACGAGUGAAACAUCAGUUACAAGGUUCCUUACAAGGCCAACGCCACCACGAGACAUCCAAAUCAAUCAAAUAGAAGGAGACAAUUACCGAGUGCAAUGGUCUCAUCCAAACGGACGUAGAAGCGGAUAUAAAGCUGAAUUCGUCAUACCUAAAGAUAGAAAGUCCGCUCUGACAAGGAUUCUGGAUAGAGCAACAAACACAUUUGAAGUAGAAAUUCCUGAGAGAGUAAAAGCUGUAGCAAGGUUUACAACAUUGAGAGAUAACAAGAAAAGCAAAAGAGCAAAAGUUGCCAUAAAAAGAAGGCCCGGAUCUAAAACUGUUGAUAUCACUGAGGAAGUCGAAGAGGAAGAAGAAACAACAGAUGACAACGAAAAUGACGAUCAACGAACAGGUAACAAAACACUGACAGAUGACAAAUCUCCCGCGGAUCGGCAGCCAGGUGACAGAGCUACAACCGAUGGACAACCAGGUGAUAAAUCUCCCGUGGAUCGGAAGCCAGGUGACAGAACUCAAACCGAUGGACAACCAGGUGACAGAACUCCAACCGAUGGACAACCAGGUGAAGAAUCUCCCGUGAAUCGGAAGCCAGGUGACAAAACUACAACCAGUAGCCAACCAGGUAAAAAAUCUCCCACGGAUGGACAACCAGGUGACAAAACCACAACCGAUGGCCAACCAGGUGAAAAAUCUCCCACGGUUGGACAACCAGGUGAAAAAUCUCCCGUGGAUCGGAAGCCAGGUGACAGAACUCAAACUCCAACCGAUGGACAACCAGGUGAAAAAUCUACCGUGGAUCGGCAGCCAGGUGACAGAACUACAACCGAUGGACAACCAGGUGACAAAUCUCCCGUGGAUCGGAAGCCAGGUGAAAGAACUCAAACCGAUGGACAAGUAGGUGACAGAACUCCAACCGAUGGACAACCAGAUGAAAAAUCUCCCGUGGAUCGGAAACCAGGUGACAGAACUCAAACCGAUGGACAACCAGAUGACAGAACUCCAACCGAUGGACAACCAGGUGACAGAACUCCAACCGAUGGACAACCAGGUGAAAAAUCUCCCGCGGAUCGGCAGCCAGGUGACGGAACUACAACCGAUGGACAACCAGGUGAAAAAUCUCCCGUGGAUCGGAAACCAGGUGACAGAACUCAAACCGAUGGACAACCAGAUGACAGAACUCCAACCGAUGGACAACCAUGUGACAGAACUCCAACCGAUGGACAACCAGGUGAAAAAUCUCCCGCGGAUCGGCAGCCAGGUGACGGAACUACAACCGAUGGACAACCAGGUGACAAAUCUUCCGCGGAUCGGAAGCCAGGUGACAGAACUCUAACCGAUGAACAACCAGGUGACAGAACUCCAACCGAUGGACAACCAGGUGACAGAACUCCAACCGAUGGACAACCAGGUGACAGAACUCCAGCCGAUGGACAACCAGGUGACAGAAUUGCAACCGAUGGACAACCAGGUGACAGAACUCCAACCGAUGGACAACCAGGUGAAAAAUUACCCGCGGAUCGGCAGCCAAGUGACAGAACUACAACCGAUGGACAACCAGGUGAUAAAUCUUCCGCGGACCAAAAGCCUGGUAACGAAACGCUGACAGGUGAAAAGUCUCCCGCGGAUCCGCAGGCAGGUGACAUAACUCCAACCGAUGGACAACCGGGUGACAAAUCUCCCUCAGAUCCGCAGGCAGGUGAAAGAAUUCCAACCGAUGGACAACCGGGUGACAAAUCUCCCACAGAUCCGCAGGCAGGUGACGUAACUCCAACCGAUGGACAACUAGGUGACAAAACAUCCACGGAUCGAGAACCAAGUGACAAAACGCCCACGGAUAAGCAGCCACCCAUAGAUCGAACCGAUCCGCCACUCGAUAAAAAUGAUGACAGUCCAUCUAUUGAUCGGAAACCAAGUGAACCGGAGUAUAAGCUGCGCAUCAAUCUACUGAGUCCGACAUCUGCUUAUUUAUUUUGGCGGCCUAUGCAAGUGCUUGGUGCAGAGAAAGUAAGAUACUUUGUUCAAAUUGCUGUCGUACAAUAUGAUGGGACUAUUGAAGGAGCUAGAACGCGAUAUCCACGACCACGCAAAAACAAAAUUCUUCUAACGUCCCUUCGACCUGCUACUAAAUAUCAUGUAACUCUCAGUGCUAGAUUGAGUCCUUCGGGAGAAGAAAAAGUCAUGGACAGUCUAGAAUUUAAGACGAACCCACCGACGCCAAUAUUGAAGCCAAUCACAAAUACGGGAACCGAUCGUGUAAUACUUACAUGGCAAAAACAAAAAGUCUCCUAUCUUCACCGAAUCGUUGUAUUUGAAGAAGAACCGGAACCAGUUAAAGUUGCGGAAUUGACUUCAGUACCGGUGCCAGAUAAAUCUGGAAAAGUUUUAAUAACAGAACUCCAGCCGGGAACUAUGUACCGUGCCGAAGUCACAGCCGAAGAAAAUGGAGAUUCAAGUGAAACUUCGGAAAUAAGAUUUAUAACAAGACCAAUGCCUCCCCGGGAUAUUAAAAUCAAUCGUAUAGAAGAUGAUACCUAUCGGGUUCAAUGGACUCAUCCAAAUGGACGUAGAAAUGGUUAUAAAGCUGAAUUCGUUAUACCAAGAGAUAAAUCAUCCGCAUUGAGUUUCAAUUUUAAUGAAACAAAAAAUACACUGGAUGUAGAGAUUCCCGAAAGAACCAGAGCUAUAAUCAGGAUUACAACACUAAGAGAAAACAAAAAAAGUAAGCGAGUAAAAGUGUCAUUGAAAAGAAGACCAGGUUCUUCAAACAUUGAAGUCGACGACGAAACUGAAGAUGACAGGCCAGAAGACAAUAUAUCAAAUGAAAACAGAAAACCAGGUGACAUAACGCCAACAAAUCCUCAACCAGAUGCGAGAACUCCAGCUGAUCGAGAAUUAGGCGACAGAAAUCACACGGAUGGGCAGCCAGGUGACAGAACUCCAACCGAUGGACAACCAGAUGAUAAAUCUCCUACGGAUCGGCAGCCAGGUGAAAACACUCCAACCGAUGGACAAUCUGGUGAUAAAUCUCCCACGGAUCGGCAGCCAGGUAACAAAACUUCAACCGAUGGACAACCAGGUGAUAAAUCUCCCAAGGAUAGGCAGCCAGGUGACAGAACUUCAACCGAAGGACAACCAGGUGAUAAAUCUCCCAAGGAUGGACAACCAGGUGACAGAACUCCAACCGAUGGACAACCAGGUGAUGAAUCUCCCACGGAUAAGCGGCCAGGUGACAGAACUCCAACCGAUGGACAACCAGGUGAUAGAUCUCCCACGGAUGGACGACCAGGAGACAGAACUCCAACUGAUGGACAACCAGGUGAUAGAUAUCCCACAGAUGGACAACCAGGUGACAGAACUCCAACCGAUGGACAACCAGGUGAGAAAACUCCAAGCGAUGGACAACCAGGUGACAAAACUCCAAGCGAUGGACACCCAGGUGAUAAAUCUCCCACGGAUGGACAACCAGGUGACAGAACUCCAACCGAUGGACAACCAGGUGAUAAAUCUCCCAAGGAUAGGCAGCCAGGUGACAGAACUUCAACCGAAGGACAACCAGGUGAUAAAUCUCCCAAGGAUGGACAACCAGGUGACAGAACUCCAACCGAUGGACAACCAGGUGAUAAAUCUCCCACAGAUGGACAACCAGGUGACAGAAAUCCAACCGAUGGACAACCAGGUGAUGAAUCUCCCACGGAUAAGCGGCCAGGUGACAGAACUCCAACCGAUGGACAACCAGGUGAUAGAUCUCCCACGGAUGGACGACCAGGUGACAGAACUCCAACUGAUGGACAACCAGGUGAUAGAUAUCCCACAGAUGGACAACCAGGUGACAGAACUCCAACCGAUGGACAACCAGGUGACAAAACUCCAAGCGAUGGACAAUCAGGUGACAAAACUCCAAGCGAUGGACACCCAGGUGAUAAAUCUCCCACGGAUGGGCAGCCAGGUAACAGAACUCCAACCAAUGGACAACCAAAUGAUAAAUCUCCCACGGAUGGGCAGCCAAAUGACAGAACUCCAACCGAUGGACAACCAGGUGAUAAAUCUCCCACGGAUAGGAAGCCAGGUGACAAAACUCCAACCGAUGGACAACCAGGUGAUAGAUCUCCUACGGAUGGACAACCAGGUGAUAAAUCUCCCACGGAUGAACAAACAGAUGACAGAACUCCAACCGAUGGACAACCAGGUGAUAGAUCUCCCACGGAUGGACAACCAGGUGACAGAACUCCAACCGAUGGACAACCAGGUGAUAAAUCUCCCACGGAUGGACAACCAGGUGACAGAACUCCAACCGAUGGACAACCAGGUGAUAAAUCUACCACGGAUAGGAAGCCAGGUGACAGAACUCCAACCGAUGGACAAUUAGGUGAUAAAUCUCCCACGGAUGGACAACCAGGUGACAGAACUCCAACCGAUGGACAACCACGUGAUAAAUCUCCCACGGAUGGGCAGCCAGGUGACGGAACUCCAACGAAUGGUCAACCAGAUGAUAAAUCUCCCACGGAUGGGCAGCCAGCUGACAGAACUCCAACCGAUGGACAACCAGGUGAUAAACCUCCGACAGAUGGAAAACCAGGUGACAGAAUUCCAACCGAUGGACAACCAGGUGAUAAGUCUCCCACGGAUGGACAACCAGGUGACAGAACUCCAACCGAUGGACAACCAGGUGAUAAAUCUACCGCGGAUAGGAAGCCAGGUGACAGAACCUCAACCGAUGGACAACCAGGUGAUAGAUCUCCCACGGAUGGACAACCAGGUGACAGAACUCCAACCGAUGGACAACCAGAUGAUAGAUCUCCCACUGAUGGACAACCAGGUGACAGUAUAACAAAAACAAAACUUCAUGUUAGAUCAGUGACUUCAUCGUCUGCUGAAUUGUUUUGGGGUCCUGUGGAAGUCCUUAGAGAUCAAACAAUCAGGUACUUCGUCCAAUUUGCAGUUGUGCAGUAUGAUGGGUCCAUCGAAGGAGCCAAAACAAGACAUCCGCAACGAGGCAACAACUCUUUAUAUUUACCCUUCUUAUUACCAACCACUAAAUAUCACGCAACACUUAGUGCCAGGAUAAGUCCUUCGAGAGAAGAAAAAGUUAUCGAUAGUAUUCAGUUCGAGACCAAGCUACCAACUCCGGUUUUGAAACCAGUAGCAUUUACUGGAACUCACUCUGCUAUAAUUGGUUGGAAAAAGCAAAAAAUUUCAUACCUUCACCGGAUUGUUGUUUACGAAGUGGAACGAGAAACAGUCAAAGCGGCAGAGUUGACUUCUACACCUGAUCCUGGUAGCCCUGGAAAGGUUAUAGUGAAAGAAUUAACACCUGGCACUAACUACCAAGUAGAACUAAAUGCUGAAGAAAACGGAGAUUCAAGUGACACAGCAGAGACAAGUUUUAUUACAAGACCGAUGCCUCCACGAGACAUUCGAAUUCGACAGAUUGAGGGUAAGAACUAUCAAGUUCGAUGGUCUCAUCCCACUGGAAGGAGAAGUGGAUACAAAGCUGAAUUUGUGACACCGAACAACAAUGGUACAUCAGCAACGUACAAAUUGAAUAAGGACACAGAUACGUUGGAUGUUGAGAUUCCAGAAAGAACAAAGGCAAUAAUAUGGUUCACAACAUUAAGAGAAAACAAAAGAAGCAAACGGGUUAAGAUUUCACUUAGAAGAAAACAAGGAGCUGAAACAAUUGAAAUCGAUGAAGAACCUGGAGAAGAAGAGGAAAAAAUAGUCGAUCAGAGAGCGGGAAAUAAAAGCAAAGAUUCGACUGAUGAACAACCAGAAGACAACAAACCAACUGAAGAACCAGAUACGAAGACGGAGAUUAGCGAAGAAGCUUUGAAACAAAAGUGGUGCAAAUCAUUCUAUCGGAUAAUACAUUAUGCUAUUUGGAAAGACAUCUGCGGUAACACAACACCGCCUAGUGAUAGAACACCGACUAAUCGACAACCAGAUGAUGAAACUUCAACUAUCAAACCACCCAAUGAUAGAAAACCCGACAGCAAAACACAGAAUGACCCUAUAAAACAAGUUCUGAAAGGGGAACCUAAGGAGAAAUUGAAAAGAAUAUGCGAAAGUUGGAACUCAAGUCUACCGCACGAGCAAUGGAUAUUAUUAUGUUCGUCACUCACGGAUCAAGAACCUAACCGAGAAAAACCAACCAAGAGCCCAACAACACCCAGCCCGACACGACCAGGCGAUCUAGGUAGUCCAUUCAAAGAACCUUCCUGCAACUCUGGGAAAACCGACCUCGUUUUUGUCCUCGAUAGCUCAACUAGCAUAAGAUCCGAUGAAUAUUUACUUCUCGGUGAAUGGAUGAUAAGACUGGUGGAAGCUUUUGACGUCACACCUAGGGAUGGCAACGAUGAAAAGACAAUGAUCGGAGUUGUUCAAUACACAAAUAAUUCAAAAACAGAUGUUUCAAUCGGAGGAUAUGGCUCCAGAGACGACCUAUUUAUAACAUUAGGCUCCCUUGAACAAAUGGGUGGAGAACCUUAUACUGGUAAAGCACUCGAUUAUGUUCAAACACAAGUAUUUGAAACUCAGGGAAGAAAAGGAGCAAAGAAAAUAGUCGUUUUAAUAACAGACGGAGAGUCCGAGGACGAUGUAGAGGCUUCCGCAACUCUGAUAAAAGCACUAGGAGCAAAAGUUUUUGUUGUCGGAAUCGGAGACGUUUCAGAAGAUGAAUUAGUGGAAAUAUCGUCGGAGCCAGACAGAAAAUUUCUGUUCCGAGCUGAUGAUUUUGAAGAAUUGGAAAAUAUCAGAAAAAAAUUGCAAUGGGGAAUUUGUAGGGAAACAAGAAAGAAAAAGGAUAAAUUUAAAGGACGCAAGAAUCCAAGAAAAUGCAGCUGUGAAGACGGAAAAGAUGGUUUACCAGGCAGAACAGGGUUCAAAGGACCAAAAGGUGACAGAGGAGAAAGAGGUGUAAUUGGGAAGCCUGGUGCGCCUGGAAAACCUGGCCCACCUGGUAAGACUGGUAUGCAAGGCGUACCUGGAGUGCCUGGCAUUUCUUCGAGUCGUGCAACAGAAACAGAGAUAGGAACAGUUGUUCAAGAAAUAAUGAACGACCAAGGCGACAAUCUGGCAAGAGCAACAAAAGGCACAAAAGGUGAAAUGGGCAAAACGGGCGAGAGAGGACCUAUUGGGCCAAUCGGACCGCCGGGUCUUGAUGGAUUUCGAGGUCCAGCAGGACCAGCGGGCAAAGAUGGCAAACCUGGAGAGCCAGGAGAUAUGGGAUUUCCAGGACCCAUUGGCCCACAAGGUUUAGACGGGAGAAUGGGUCGAAAGGGCGAGAAAGGAGAUUCUUUAAGCGAACAGCGAAUCAUAACCAUAGUACAAAGAGUAUGUUCAGGGAUGAUUUCACAACACACAGCAACUGCACAUGAUGGAGUAUCAAUAGUAUCAACUGCAACGGGCUCAUCGCCGAAAAUGGUUUUGCAGCGCGGUUUGCCAGGUCCACCUGGGGAAAGAGGGCCACCAGGAAGGCGAGGACCACAAGGAUACGAAGGUCUACCGGGACUACGUGGAUAUAGAGGCAUACAGGGCAGGACAGGAUCACCAGGAAAGAAAGGCGAUCAAGGCGACAGGGGCGAAAGAGGCGAACCAGGAGUUGGAAUUCAAGGUCCACAAGGUAUUCCAGGCGCUGUCGGUCCUCCAGGUGAAUCAAUCCAAGGAAACCCAGGAGAAGAAGGAAUCAGAGGAGAACAAGGCACUCGUGGAAAUAGGGGAUACAAAGGACAAAAGGGUGAAAGGGGUGUUUGUGAUCCUUACCAUUGCGAAAACGCAUCGCGCUCGAAUCGAAAAAAGAGAAGUGUUAAAGAUCCUGAAAGCCGAAGUUGGUGGUUUUGGGAAUGAUUAAGAUAACAUCCGGGACUUUUUAUUCAAUUUAUGAGUCACAAUCAUGAUUCGAAGCCGAGUCAGUUAGUUCGUGCCCAAGGCAUGUGUUAAAAGUUCAGCAUUUAUUUCUUUGUCAUAUCAGCUCAGAAAACCACCGCAAAUGAAAAGUUCUGAACGAAACAGCCGUCAAAAUGUAAGUCGCUGGACGCUGCACUUUUGGCACAUUCUGGAUUUUUUAUACCUAGCGCUAUAUAUUCAUCAACGCACUAGCAAGCAAUAAUUUGCUCAAUUUUCUCUUGAAUACUGAUUUUUUUUUUAGUUUGUUCCAAGAAGCAGCAUAUCUUUCAGCAUAUUUUGAUAUAUAUUAACUUUACUUAUAGAAACAAUGAAGGUGUCAUAUUGAUAAAAAUGUGGCAGCGAAUAAAUGCCACCCACUCGCGCCCUCAAAAUGAUACAAUUCGCUUUCACAAUCACAUGCACUGAUAAAGCAAUAACCACGCUGUUUAUACAGUACCAUGGGAUCAGUCCGCCUUGCUCAAUUUAUAAGAUUAGUUGACCACUGUUCUGGAUUGCUACUUACUGCAUUUGAGUGUUACAGUAACUAUUUACAUCGACGUGUUCCUUUUAAUUUUUGGAGCUUUGAAAGCUCAUUGCAUAUCGCUGAUUAAUUUUCAUUCUAUAGUAUUGUAAUAUGUUAAAUGGUAUUAUACAAAUUUACGUGAUUAAAAUUCAAAGUGACUAAUCUACAUGCGAGGGGUAAUCAGACUUCAAAAUAGCCUACAU